AAAAAAACAAGUACACUUAAAGUAUACAUUUCACUCACACAUUCACGUGUGUAGCUAGGUAGCUACCUAGCUGCACCCCAUUUGUCCAUUUCAAUUCAGGGAAAGUGGGCAACUCUACUUUCUCCGCUUAUCACUCCAACUCCGAGCCUCUGCUUCGAGAUUUCAUGGCGGAGCAAGACGGCGUUGCCGCCGCAGCAAAGGCGGCGCAGCCCAAGAGCCGCCCGGUGGGAGGCACUGAGUAUAGCUGGUGUAGAGCGGUGCCCGGUGGGACGGGCAUAACGGUGUUGGCAAUCCUCUUAUCGAAACCAAUUGAUAUUCCACUUCUCGAAAAUGCCCUCAGGAAGUUGCAAAUUGCCCACCCUAUCCUCAACUCCAAACUCCACUACCACGCCGCCACCAAUUCCUUCUCUUACGUCACUCCCCCCACUCCUCGCCUCCAAAUCCAGCCCUACGAUCAUCCCUCAACGGCCGAGAUUCUCCUCCGCCGCGCCGCUCCCUCCUCAGUCUCGGACUUCCACCUCAUCCUCGAGCACGAAUUAAAUCGCAACACCUGGCACAAUCCCGACCCUUCAUCCGACUCCGACUCCGACGCCGACACUUUCUUCGCCACCGUGUACGACCUGAACGGCGGCAAGCGGGCACUGGCCCUCCGGCUGCACACGUCAGCCUGCGACCGCGCCACCGCCGCCGCAUUGCUGACCGAGCUGCUGCCCCCCCUGGUAGGCAACGGCGGGCAGGAAGAGGAAGGGACACAAAGGGAAAUACAAAGCGGAGGCGAUGUGGGUUUGGGAAUAGAGGAUUACAUUCCAAACGGGAAAGCAAACAAGCCGUUUUGGGCAAGGGGAUUGGACAUGCUGGGAUACUCUUUGAAUUCGUUUAGGUUAUCCAAUAUAGGUUUCCACGACACGGAAUCUCCUCGGGCGUCGCAGGUGGCGCGGCUGACGUUGGGCAAACACGACACUCGUCGGAUUCUGGAUGGGUGUGAAGGCAGAGGGAUAAAAUUGUGUGGGGUUUUGAGUGCGGCUGGGUUGAUUGCAGCCCGGGCUUCUAAAGAGGUUCCGGAUAAUAGGUACGAAAAGUAUGCAGUUGUCACCCUCAUGGACUGCCGUUCAAUUCUUGAUCCCGUGCUUAGCGCCAACCAUGCUGGGUUUUAUCAUUCUGCUAUCCUCAACACACAUGACAUCAAGGGAGGAGAAGACAUAUGGGAACUGGCAAAAAGGACCUACACAUCCUUUGCAAAUGCCAAGAACAACAACAAGCAUUUCAGUGACAUGGCUGAUAUGAACUUCCUGAUGGGCAAGGCCAUAGAAAACCCAGGCUUAACCCCCUAUUCAUCCAUGAGGACUUCUUUUCUCUCUGUGUUUGAAGACCCCAUCGCCAUCACUGACCAAUCCGCCCACCUCCGCCAUGAAGUUGGGGUGGAAGACUUCAUUGGCUGCUCUUCUGUCCAUGGCAUUGGCCCCACCAUCGCCAUUUUUGACACCAUUAGAGAUGGGGAGUUGGACUGUGCUUGUGUGUACCCUUCUCCAUUACACUCUAGGCAGCAAAUGCAGGGGCUGAUUGAUGAGAUGAAGAGGAUUCUUGUUGAAUGUUAGCAUGCAUUGUAUGGCUGGGGAUCUAUCAAUUACCCCUUUUAACAAAUGAGUAAUGUUGCCUUCUUACACGCAUGCAUUAUAUCAAAGAUUAUUUGGACUAUUUAUUUUCCUUCUCUUUCUAAUGAAAAAUAUAUGUUGUUUUUACUCCC